AUGAAAGAUCUCCGUGCAAAGAUCGAGCUGCUACCGGAAGCUCCUCGUUGGACUUCUGAGCCCAUAUCUCAGCCCGGAUACCCUACAAAGCAGCCGAUGACAUUGUUUCGGAGGAACAGUGUUCUCUGUCUUGAAGCGCUGUUCUCAAACCCCCCCUUUUCAAAUAGCAUUGACUAUGUGCCUCGACACGUCUACCAGAGCGUAGAGAGGCUUGUUUGUGUUUUCAGCGAGUACAUGACUGGUGACUGUGCUUGGGAUGUUCAGUCGACACUGCCCGAGGGUGCUACGUUACUUGGCGUUAUUCUCUCGUCAGAUAAGACAACGCUCACUGCUGGAACAGGCAAUCGAUCGGCUCACCCGCUCCUUCUUUCGCUUGCGAAUCUCUUUGCCGGCACUCGCAUGAAAGCGUCAAAUCAUGCAUUCUUACUCCUUGCCCUCCUUCCCAUUCCAAAAUUUCUAUGUGCCAAAAAUCUUCGCGGGACGUUGGAGAGCCGAGUAGUUCAUCAGUGUCUGAGCAUUGUCACUGAGGACUUGAAGAUAGCCGCAAGAUAUGGCCGUAUGAUGACAGAUCCUCGUGGCUAUUCGUGUUUUUGUUUUACUCCUUUAGCUGCAUAUAUCAUUGAUAACCCAGAAGGUCAGCUACUUGCUGCUGUGGGCGGAAAGUCUUCACCGGUCACGAUUGCGUCAUCAAAACAGCUCGGCGAUCCCUUCCGUCACCUUUCUCGGACUGCGUCAGUUACGCUGGCUCAGAUUCAAGACUUGAAUAGCCGUGUUAAUCCACAGGAUCUUGAGGCAUAUGUACCAGCUGCGAAGGCUGCAAAAUUGAAUGGCGUAGACUCCCCUUUUUGGUCGGACUGGGCACGUUCCUUGAUCAUGACGUUCAUUGGUGCCGAAAUACCAUUGGUGAUUCCGAAUUGGACUUUCGCUUUUCUAUCAUCUAGCUACAAGUCGGAUUUCGACAUUUCGAAAAUGAUUGACGAGGUAAUCAUACGUCGAAUCUCGGAUGCGCUAGCUGAAUUUCACUAUCAUAAACAUGCUAUCGUUGAUGCCGGCGCAAGACGUGGCAAGCGGAAGGCGAUCAUGCACUGGAACAUCCCUAAACUUGAGCUAAUAGCGAUGGGAGCGCUAAUGCAAUGGACUGCCGAUGUCACAGAGCACGCGCACAUUGAAGUUGUGAAGGAGCCAUUUCGCGCAAGCAACUAUCGUGAUUUUGACUCGCAGAUUUGUCGUGCUAUGGAUCGCGCAGAGCGGCGUCGUCAUUUUGAUCUUGCAACUUCUAUCAAGUCCGCGGGAAUUGACCUUGCCGCUGUUUUCAGUAGCAGCUAUGUGUCAGAGGAUUCUGGUCAUGACUCUGAUGACGACAAGCUCGAUGAUGAUGAAAACCUUUGGAAAUCAGUGAUUAAUCCUGUAGAGAACUUGACCGGCCCUCGUCGACAUUGUACGGACCUGUUUGCAAAGGCAGCAAUCAUUCUUAUGUGGAAAUCUCGGAUCGACACCACCAGCAGCUCUCCUCGCACCUUCAUGACGCCAUUUACCGCAUUUCACCUUAAUCGUACACCAUGCUUGUCUGCAGUCUCCGUGGAUGAUCUCACCAGUUCCUUCCAGCUUCCAGACCUUCGACCUGCCCUUGCAGACUAUGUGCUGCGGCUCCAGGCUGGACAGCAAGUGCAUGCUAUCGGUGGACGUCGAAUUUCACAACCAAAUUGCCUGCUUCCUUUCUCGCAUGUUGACGUUUGGACACACGCUUAUGUGCAGGUCAAGCCCUUGCGAGGGCAUGAGAUGUCAAAUCCUUACAAUAUUCAAGCGAGUCCAAGAUCGGCAGACUGGCCAUUCGGCAGGCAUGACACCGCGCUUAUUGCCAACACAAGUGAUGCCAUUUGGCCUCCUUUAUCCACAAUGAAAGGUCAUUCUAUUGUGUCAAUUUGCCUUAUCUUCCAUCUGAUCUUCUCCACGGGGCAGUCGCAGCCACACCCACACCCAUACCUCAUGUACGGCCACCGCUUUGAUAUUGUUCCACAAACGUCAUUUGCAGCUUCUGGGACAAGCCACCUGUCACCUGAGGCGAGCUCGGGAAUGUACAUUGUGAAGCGUGCCGUUCGUGCGGACAGCUCGCUGCUUGGUGAUGUUAUUCCACUGUCUCAGAUACGUACACCGGUUCAACUGAUUCCUCGUUAUGGAGCCAAGGCUGAUCCUCGCUUGACUGCCCAGAAUAGCUUCCAUUUCACUCGCGAAUUUUUUGUUAAUAAAUCGCACAGUGAAUUCUACGAUGGAUUGUAUCUGCCUCUCAACCAAGUCGAAGGCAAAAGAAGCGGCCGGCAGCAGAUGCAAUUCCAAUCAUGGAGGCCCAACGUCAAUCCACUAGGGCCAACCGAGGUCAAGGUGGACAGAAUCUCCAACGAGAACAUAUUGAAGAAGCUCUCCUUGUGCCAAAGCAUCGUUGAGCCUAGACGACACAGAGAGGAUUGCCGAAAAUCCAAUGGCUCCACCACUAGCAAAGCGAAAGCGCCGCCAGAAAAAAGCCAGGAGAUUCCAAACCCUCUAGUUACCCAUACUGUCUUCAAGCAAUGCCUCAUCAUCGUCAACUUGCCACAUCUAGAGGACCUUCCCCUUCUACAACACUUCAGCCUCAAUCUCAACCUCAACCUCAACCUCAACCUCAACCAGCCUAUUCAAGUAAUGGCAAAGAGGCACAGAGCGACGUUGACUCACUUCCUUCGACCUACGCUGCAAGAACUCCGGCAUAUAAUGCCGAGGCCGCCAAAUCUACCGGUGCAACCUGUGAACUCUAGGCAUACAGACAAAGACAGUGAAGCCUCGGAUGAUAGUAUUGAAGAGUUUAAUGAGGAUGACAAGGAUGACGAGGACAAGAUUGAGGGUGAGGACGAAAUUGAGGGUAAGGAUGAAAUUGAGGAUGAGGACGAGAUCGAGGAUGAGGAUACCGAAGAUCACCUUCAAGAUAUUGAGGAGAACCAGCAGGAAAUGGAGGGUUCAGAGUCUGAGGAUGAUGGUCGGAAAACGAACACUAAUAAUAACCAGCAGACGUGUGGAUCGCAACGCAGCCCCCAGCACUCUCAUCAAGCUUCACAUACUGAUGCUGUGGUCACAGAACGUGGCGGUGGGGUUUUGCGCACCUCAGACAUGACAGCUGCAGCCCACCGAUAUACUUCACGAGCAUCAGCGCCGGAAUGGCACACCAAGAGCGCCAGAUGUCAAUCAACUUACCCAAGUCGCUACAAGGAUGUCGACACCAUCGCUCAUUCAUCACUUCAAAUUAACACGCGCCAGCGCAAUCACCCACGCAAAAAAUCGGCCAUAGAUAUUGACCCUAGAGACUUGAAGAAACUCGGAUCCCUUCCAUCGCACUGGCGCUACGUAAUUGUUCAGGCUCGCCUAAGGCACCGUAAAUGGCUGGCAUCCAUCGACCCAUUCCCUGAAUACGAGACUUCUCUAAGGCAUUCGACGGCAUCUAUAUAUGAAGCGGUCGCAGAGUAUACCCAGAACUUCAGGGUACAGCUAUUGCCACCAGGUCAGCUGCUGGAUCACGAUAUGAUUAAAGGAUUUGUCAGGUUCAUGAGGAUGGGUCAACAUUCCGAGACAUCCUACAAUCUCCUCUCUGCCUCCGACCUUGCUGAGAACUUGGACGCUGCCGGAUAUCAAGCUCGCAUUCGUGCGCGGGUUGUUGAGUUACUUACUGAUGGGAAGUUCAUGCAUGGCCCUUGCGACACAAAUAUGAGUGACGGCAUGAUCCUAAACCUCGGGCAUCCAGCAAUUAUGUUGUUGUGCCACACAUUCUUCUACUUCGACAAGAAAUCUUUGGGUAUCCUGUUUCCAGAAACAUACAAAGAUGUUGUUCCGGAUAGGACAAUGGCUCUACUAAUCUGUGUCAUCAAGAACUGUCUGGAGGAAUGGGAGGGCGGCAUACACAAGACUAUCGACUUCUCGAAAGAAGCAUAUGAAAAAGACUUCGGUGCAAUCGUAGGACUCAUUCAAACUUUGAAGGCCCACCCAACAUUCGGACCCACAUACCAGUGCAUGUGUCAGCGAUGGGCAACAAAGGGACUCCCAGAAGUUGUUGCAGCGGCUCAACGGAAGUCUGGCCGAACCGACUAUGGACUCAAGCUAGACUUUGGCAUCCCUGGGCCACCGCUGUCUGUACUCCUUAUUUCCGUUUUGUUCCUGUCUAACGAUGCUCCGUUUUAG